UCCUCAUGUGAUGUAUUCAACGAACGCGUGUUGGGCCACUCCUACAAAGAACAAGCACUUAGUCCGUAGGUACCGAAGACGGUUAGAGCAAAGCAAUAAGAGGAAAUCUUUUAGUAGUAAAAGUAAAAUUUUAAUCCGAAGAUACAGAAGACGGUCUUAUAUCACUAAAAUAUCUUCUUUGGACAGAAGAACUGAUAGGUUUUUGAAAACUUUUGACACUGAACAUUUCCGCUGAAGGGAUGGCUGACUCAUGGAUGAUUGCUGACAAUUUCAUUUGGAACAAUGAUUUUGGCUUUGUCGAUAAUUGUUCAAGUGAUGGAGGGUGGUUGACAAACAAAAGCUCAUAUUUCAACGUUACAGAGUGUCGAGAAGUGAAUGAAGUGGAAAUGCAAUGUCGCUGCGACUUCGUACAAUAUGAAAAGGAAUGUCAUUCUGGAAUGGGUUAUAUACAUUAUACUAAACAUAUGUACUGCCUUUAUGGACCAGAAGGGGUAGCAAGUGUUGUCGCCAUGAGCGUUGCGUGGCUUUUAGUCCUCUUUGCCGGGUUAGGAGUGACAGCUAAUGACUUCUUGUGCCCAUCCUUGUUCAUCAUAUCAAAGACGCUCAAGAUGUCUCAAAAUGUGGCCGGCGUUACGCUGCUAGCAUUCGGGAACGGUUCUCCCGAUAUAUUUUCUGCUAUUGCUGGUAUCAACCAAGGAAAAACGGAGAUGGUGAUUGGUGGUCUCAUAGGUGGUGGAAUAUUUGUCACGACAGUCGUUGCUGGAUCUAUAUUUCUGACGCAGAAUUUUGGAAUGAUGAAGCGGCCAUUCUUGCGAGACGUUUUUUUCUACAUGGUUGCAGCGGGUGCAGCAUUUUAUUUGUUCUUCUCUAGACACAUAUACAUUUAUCAUGCUGUUGGCUUUGUCAUACUCUAUAUCGUAUACAUCAUCGUGGUUGUAACGAGUAGGUUUAUACAUCAGAAACACCUUCAAUAUUCUGAUAAAGCUGCGGAAGCCGCAAAUGUUGAGAAGGGAAUGAAAAUCAAAGGCUCAAAGGCAGCUGAUUAUGAUAACCCAGAAGCCUACGGUGUUGUUCUUACUGCCUUUUUCAAGUACUGUUGGGAAGAGGAUAGGCGAAGAAACACUCUAAACCAUUAUUGCUACGACAAUGAAGUUUUUGCUAUCUCCUUGCAAAAUAUUCCUGAAGAACUGCCACCAAGCUAUGAAGAGACAGAAGUGAAGAAUUACAUAGCAAACGGAACAUGUUCUCCUGGAUGUGAUUAUUUCAAAGCAGAAAAAUGCGAAAAGGUUCCGCUUCCAGAACCAGUUAACCAGUGGCGCGACUUUGCUGAAAAGGUUUGCCCUGUAAAUCUGCAGGAAUGGUCGAAGCAGUCAUGGAUGGAGAGAAGCCUUGAUAUCUUUAAAAGUCCUGUAUUAUUUGUUCUUUUGAUAACAACACCUGUUGUCGAUUACAAGAGCCCAAGGGAUAACUGGUGUCGAGUUCUCAACUGUCUUCAUAUUGUUACUGGACCAGUUUUUAUAAUCAUGGGAACUGGAUUUGGCUUUACGAUGAUUGGAGGAGUAAUGCCUCUAUUAGCCAUUGUCGUCAUAAUCUCCUCGGUGAUUGCGGGUACAAUUUACUACAUAACAACGCCUGAUAUAGUGCCUCGAUUCCAUACAGUCUUUGCAUACAUGGGAUUUGGCGUUGCUGUUGUUUGGAUCUAUUGUAUUGCAAAUGAAAUCGUAGUGUUGCUUCAGGCUGUCGGCGUGGCUUUUAAUCUUAGUGACUCUAUCCUGGGGCUUACCAUACUGGCGUGGGGGAAUUGCUUACUUGAUUUCUUGUCUAACCUUGCAGUCGCCAGGAAAGGUUUUCCAAGAAUGGGCAUCGCAGCUUGCUUUGGAGCACCGUUUUUAACUUUGCUGCUUGGAGUUGGAGUUCCAUGUAUUAUUAAACUAAUAGAUGACGAUGGGGGAAACGGAAUGGAUCUUAUGUACUCACCACUGACAACAAUUCUGUUUUCUGCGUUGGCUGCAAGUCUUAUUUCUACUGUCAUCAUGAUGGUUGUAUGCCGUUUCCAGACGAAACGACUGUAUGGAGCUUACCUUAUCUGCUUAUACCUCACAUUUCUUAUCAUCGCUGUCUUGAAAGAAUCUAAUGUUUUCUGAGUUCCUGAAAAAUGUUACUGUUUCAUAAAACAUUUUAGAGGAGACGUGUAUUAGAGGAAGUUUGAGAGUUGAUCUCAAGGACAGAGACUUUACUGUGCCAUCGUACGGACUUUGAGGAUUUAUUCCUACGAAUUCGAGAGGCCAUAUUUUAAGGAACUUUAAAAAUAUGUAUCAACGAGUACAAUGUCACAUAAAAUGAGGAUAGUCAUAUUGAUACUCCACGUGAUUAUAUUGAUUUUAACCUUGAUGAGGAGAAAGCAUACUUCUAUUUUCCUAUAUAAUUCAUUUCAAUUGGCAAGAAACACGUGAGUGCAAUUAUGAUUUUUGAAGACGAAAGUAGACAAGCCUCUUUCCAUUUAAAGGAGAGAAUUUCUAUUCAAAACCAAAAAAGACAAAGAAAUUACGUAUAUUAUUUAUAUAAUUUGUAUUAACGUAUUUGUUUAGAAGGAAUUUGAGAAAUAAUAUCCUUUCUCUUCGCUACAGAUCUGUAUUUUAAACUGAAAAUAAAGUUUCUUUUUUGCUAA